AUGGUCCAUAGAAAUUGUAUAGACAUACCACACAUUAUAAAAGUUAGUCGCCAUGUUCAUUGUAUAACCUACAAUGAUUGCCUCAAGGCUGGUAAUUGGAAAUGUGAAGUUUGUCUGAAAGAGAUAAAUUGGACAUGUGGAGCUUAUUCUUGUUCGCAGUGUCCUGAUUUUGCAAUUCAUAUGAGAUGUGCCACAAGGUUUGGGAUUUUGGACGUGAUUGAACUUGAAAGCAUAUUAGAAGAUACUACCGACGCUAAAGCAUAUGAAGUGAUUGAAGAAGGAGUAAUAACGCAUUUUAUUCAUAAGAAUCAUACAUUAAAGCUCGAAGAAGGGGGUGAUGCUAAUGGUGAAUGUAGGCGUUGUACAGCAUGCACAUAUCCCAUAUUUUCUAGCCUAUUCUAUGAUUGCACGGUAUGUGACAAAUUCAUCAUUCAUCAGAAGUGUGCCUAUCUCCCAAAAAAGAAAAUAGAUCCUUUCUACAAGGUGUCCAUGACUUUAGCCGCAUAUACUUACGAUUUAAGUUUAUGUGAUGCUUGUCAAAACUAUUUUGAAGGUUUCGUGUACGCAAGUGAUAAUGAUAUCAUCCGCCUUGAUGUGCGAUGUGGUUCUAUAACUGAGCCUUUUGUCCAUGAAGGUCAUCCUCAUCAUUCGUUAUACGUCAGUUACUCAACAACAGACAAAUUCUGCAAUGCUUGUGGAGAUAAGGCACAUAUGGUUUUGAGUUGUGAGGAGUGUGGAUUUUUUUUAGACGUUAAAUGUUCUAUUUUGCCAAAGAUGGUUAAACACAAAAAUGAUAAAGAUCAUUUUCUGAGUCUAUGUUAUGGAGAAAAUACAAACGAGCAGUACUGGUGCAAGAUAUGCGAGGAAGUUCUGAACCCUAAAAAAUGGUUUUAUUCCUGUGAUUAUUGCGGCAUCACUUUUCAUAUCAAAUUGGGAAUUCCGGGUCUUUAA